UACGUAUAAAACGCCACUAUGACGGUAGGUAUAUAAGCAUUGCUUUAAAGCGACGUGAUCAGUCGACGAUAGCACUCGUUGGUAUACAAAGGAUCUAAUAUGGCGAAGAGUUUGUGGCUGUGCCUCGGCCUAGCCGUGAUUUGCACAAUCGUCUCUCAGUCCACAGCUAGGGAGUUGAAAAACAGAAGGGAUCUCGAUAUGGCAGCUACUCAUCAUGGUCAUCAUCAUGAAGAGGGUGGUGGCCAUGAAAAUCAUGGACAUCACCAUGACGAGCAUGGGGAAAAGGGUGAAAAGAGGUACAAGCAUUAUCAUCAUCACGACAAGGGUGAUCAUGGUCAUUACGGUAAGGAUCAUGAUGAAGGUCAUCAUGAAGAACAUGGAGGUCACAAGAAGGGACAUUUUGACGAGCAUGAAGAACAUGGACACCAUCAUGAACACGAAGAUGGGCACAAGGGUUCAAAGUAUGGGCAUAAAAAGGGUCACAAGAAGGGUGAAAAGACUCAUGGCUAUCAUCAUAAAGCUCACAAGGAUGAAUACCAUAAAGAGCACAAGUUCUAUGAUGAUUACCAUAAGGGUGGUCAUCACGAGAAACACGGAAAUCACCAUGGACACCAUGAGAGUAAAGAAGGCCAUCAUAAGAAGGGCGGCCAUCACCAUUCCGGCCAUCAUGAAGAUCAUCAUGGAAAGAAAGGUCAUUUCGAUAAGGGACAUUAUGACGAGGACCAUAAGGGUUACCAUGGAAAGCAUGGGCACGAUGAACAUCAUUCGCAUCACGAGGAUUAUGGCAAAAAGGAAGAGCAUCAUGGAGGCAAGAAGCAUGGAUAUUCGAGUGGAGGUGGUGGACAUCACCAUUAAAUGCAGCAAACACAAUAAAAUUUAUUUAUUUUGUUGCUUAAUUUGUUUUUUCUAUCGUUGAUUAAUUUUAGACAUUGAAAUUUAAAGUUUGUCAUGUUUUAUUUUAAUAAUAAAAUUAUCCCCCAAUAAUUAAAUAUUAUUUUUAUUCGUUGAAA